AUGACUUACACUACAAACUCUGUUGACUCAUUAAAGGGACCCAAACCCGCUGAGUCAUUGGCUCAGGAAAGAGCCUCGGCUGCAUUCGACCCAAGACUUAUGAAUGUCUUUUUGGAGGGCCUGGUUGCUAAGAGUGAACAAGUGCUUGAUUUGUUCCAACAGAUGGAAAGAGACGUGGUUCUCCAACCUACGUUCCAGGAGUACGAUGAAACUAAACCCGAUGCAAGAGCUCGUGUGGCUGCACGAAUCAAUCGGAUGGCUCGCUACGCUGAGUUGGAAGACUAUCAUCAUUUUAUGAGACGGUUGAACAUUGUGACUGCGUUUGAUCCUUCAUUGGGGGUUCGUAUCUCCGUCAACUUGGGCUUGUUCCUCAGAUGUAUCAAGGGUAAUGGUUCUGCUGCUCAAUUCAACUUCUGGAACGACAAACGUCAAAACGGUCUUAUCAAACAGAUGUACGGGUGUUUUGGUAUGACAGAAUUGGGUCACGGUUCCAAUGUUGCUGGUGUUGAAACCACAGCCACCUUUGACCUUGAAACAGACGAGUUUGUCAUUAACACUCCUCACAUUGGUGCUACAAAGUGGUGGAUCGGUGGUGCUGCCCAUUCGGCCACUCACUGUGUUGUCUAUGCUCGUUUGAUCGUCAAGGGCAAAGAUUACGGUGUUAAGACGUUUGUUGUCCCAUUGAGGGACACUAACCACGAAUUAAACCCCGGUGUUAGUAUCGGAGAUAUUGGUGCUAAGAUGGGUCGUGAUGGUAUCGAUAACGGUUGGAUUCAAUUCUCUAAAGUCCGAAUCCCCCGUUUUUUCAUGUUGCAGAAAUGGUGUAAGGUUUCCAAAGAAGGUGAGGUUACUUUGCCUCCAUUGGAGCAAAUUUCCUAUAUCUCCCUUUUGCAUGGUAGGGUAUUCAUGGCUAUUGACUCUUACCGUAUCAUUGCUCGUUUCAUCACUGUGGCCUUACGUUAUGCCGUUGCCAGAAGACAGUUCAAACCCUCAAUCAAGAGACCAAAUGAAGAAAACGUUGAGAGCCAAUUGAUCAACUAUCCAUUGCAUCAACGUCGUUUGUUGCCUUAUUUGGCGUUGGCUUAUUUAAUGGCUGUAGGUAGUAACAGAUUGGAAAUUGAGCAUGAUACCUUAUUGGAUGACAUGGAUGAUGCCUUGGAUAAGAAUGAUAAAGAGGCCAUCAACAAGUGUUUGGUACAAACCAAAUCUGUUUUCAACGAUUCUGGUUCUCUCAAGUCUUCUUGUACCUGGUUGGCAGCUGAUUGUUUGCAUGAAGCCAGACAAGCCUGUGGUGGUCAUGGGUACUCUGGAUAUGCUGGUUUUGGUAAGAUCAUUUCUGAUUGGUCUGUGCAGAUGACUUGGGAAGGUGAUAACAAUGUUUUGGCCAUGAGUUGUGGCCGUACUCUUAUUAAGAACGUGGAAGAUGUUUUGAUCAAGAAUAAGAAGGUUGUUGGAACCAUGGCAUUCUUGAACGUUGGUGCCCAAGCUUUAGGAGAAACUGCUUUGUUAACUUCAGCAGAAGAUGCUGCUAACCCCGAGAAGGUGUUGACUGCUUUGGAAGUUUUAAUUAUUCGUAUCUCGUCUUAUUGCUUAGACUUAUUGAAGCAAAAUGGCGGUGACUGGGAUGCUAUUUCUUACCAGAGAGUAUUGUUGUCUAAGCUCAGAACUCACCAAUACAUGUUGGAGACCUUCCUUGUUGAUUUCAAGAAGGCUGAUGCUUCAUUGAAGCCCUUCUUGACCAACAUUGUCAAGUUGUACAUUUUGCACUCCAUUUUGGAAGCAUUUAGUUCUGAAUUCAUUGGCUAUGGAGUUAUCAAUGGUCCAUUGAAGAAGGCCAUCACAAACGAGUUGAUUCCUGAUUACUGUGCUAAAGUUAGAAGUCAAGUUAUCACAUACACCGAUGCCUUCCAAAUGCCAGACAGAAUUAUCAACUCUGCUUUGGGUAACUACGACGGUAAUGUGUACGAGAACUUCUUCAACGUUGUAAAGCAACAAAAUCCUCCACAAAAGGAGUUGAAGGCUCCUUAUAACGAUGCAUUGCAAGCCAUGUUGAAGAGACAAAGUUUGGAAGAGAGGGACAGAUUUGAGAAGAAUGAAGAAGCCAGAUCUAUUUUAUCAAAGUGA